AACAUAAAUCAUCUUUUUCUUUGACGAUGUACUUCGAUUAUUGAUUAUUAACAAGAAAUAUGAUAGAUCUAUGUUGAAAAAUUCGAUUUCGAACCUCAAAACACCAAAACAUGUACACUUUUUUUUCAAAUCCGAGUUUUGGCCCGAAUAACACAAAGUCGCGGCGGAGCACCACCGAUUUGCGUUUAACCGGCGAGAAAUCGGCCAACUCGGCCGCGUUUUUGAACAAUUAUAUCCUAUAGGUAGAUAAGCGAACUUUGUUGUCGUUUUCUCAGUCUUGUUUGUACUCUCACUCAAUUGUUUUCUCCGUCCCUCUUUCUUUCUACGUAAUAUUUGAUCCAAGGAGGUACAUUGAUUUCUUCUUCUUCUUCUUCUAGAUUUCUCCAGGAUUAUUAUUUAGUCCUUCUCUUUUACGCUUAUUGAGACUUAUUUCCUUCUACUUUAUAUAUGCAAAAGUUGUCGCCUUUAAUCUCUUUAAGGCCUCUGUCUUUCUCCGUCGCUGCCACAGCAAUGGAUUCGUGUGUGUUGGUUUUAUGUGGGAAGUCCUCUGUUGAGGAUGAUGUAGCAAAGCGUUUGAAGAACAAUAACUUGCUUAAGCUCCCAGAUGAUACUCAACUCUCACUCCUUUUACAUUCUGAGAUGGAGAAUUUGGUUAAAGAUGAUUGUGAUUCAUUUAAUCUUUCACUCUUCAUGAACUCCAUUUCAACUGCUCGGUUUGGUCGGUUUCUCAUUUGGUCUCCCCGCUUGUCUUCCACUCACGAUGUUGUUUCUCAUAACUUUUCUGAGCUCCCGGUUGGUUCAGUUUGUGUCACUGAUAUUCAGUUUAAGGGUAGAGGAAGAACAAAGAAUGUGUGGGAAUCACCAAAGGGUUGUCUGAUGUAUUCUUUUACCGUUGAAAUGGAAGAUGGUCGAAUCGUGCCUUUGAUUCAAUAUAUUGUAUCUCUUGCCAUUACUGAAGCUGUCAAAGAUGUUUGUGACAACAAGGGUUUGCCAUAUAUCGACCUUAAAAUAAAAUGGCCGAAUGAUCUUUACUUGAAUGGCCUUAAAGUCGGAGGAAUUUUGUGUACCUCUACAUACAGAUCUAGGAAAUUUCACGUUAGUGUUGGUGUGGGAUUGAAUGUGGACAACGAUCAACCGACCACGUGCUUAAAUGCAGUACUUAAAGACAUAUCUCCUGCAUCAAUUCUACUUAAAAGAGAAGAAAUUGUUGGUGCCUUCUUUGAUAAAUUCGAGAAAUUCUUUGAUCUAUUCAUAGACCAAGGUUUUAAAUCUCUCGAGGAGCUUUACUACAGGACAUGGCUUCACAGCGGGCAAAGAGUGAUCGUUGAAGAUAAAAUCGGGGACCAAGUUGUUCAAAACGUUGUGACUAUCCAGGGUUUGACAUCUUCAGGAUAUCUGCUAGCUAUUGGAGAUGAUUAUCAAAUGUGUGAGCUUCACCCUGAUGGCAAUAGUUUCGACUUUUUCAAAGGUCUAGUCCGAAGAAAAAUAUGAUCCUUCUUCUUGGCUGAAGAUGUUAUAGCACCCAUGGACACAGUUAGUACUAGUCUCGGUUUUCAGCCAAUGAAGAAAGUGUUUUUUUUUCCCUCCAAAUAUUACUGUGGAUGUUGUCCCUUCCUUGUAUCCCAAAUUCCAAAUUAUAUAUCUAUUAUUCACUAACAAAAUGUUUCUUAAAAUAAGCAUUGGACCAAGUAGCAAUUUCCUCCAAAGUUUGGAUUGGAUUAACAAGAAAAUUCCAGUCAAUGCUUAGCCAAAAAUGACAGAUUUGUU